AUGUCUGCCGAGGGCGUCGAUGCCGCCGCGCCGAACCUCAAUCUGACCCCCGAAGAGAAACGUCUCUAUGGUCAGCUGUUCCGGCAAGCCGAUACCGAAAGCGUAGGAGUUGUAACUGGCGAGACCGCUGUCAAGUUCUUUGAGAAGACUCGGCUCGAUUCAAGAGUGCUGGGAGAGAUAUGGCAGAUCGCAGACAAGGAGAAUCGGGGUUUUUUAACCCCAGCAGGCUUUGGAUUGGUGCUGAGACUCAUCGGCCACUGUCAAGCUGGACGAGAACCGACGACUGAGAUAGCCCUCCAGCCAGGACCACUGCCGCGCUUCGAUGGCAUGCCUCCUCCAGCAGGUCUCGCGUCUCCUACACCUCCGCCCGCUGCGGCUCUGCAAGCCCAAGGCACUGGCGGUGGUUCCAUCAGGAUCCCUCCUCUCACACCUGAGAAGGUCAAUCAAUACUCUGGGUUGUUCGAGCGUCAACCGCUUCAAGCAGGCAAUCUCCUGCCUGGCGACGCAGCCAAGUCCAUCUUCGAGAAAUCGGGCCUGCCGACCGAGGUGCUUGGCAGAAUCUGGCAACUAGCCGACACUGAACAGCGUGGAGCCUUGGUUCUGACCGAGUUCGUUAUUGCCAUGCAUCUACUUACAUCAAUGAAGACGGGUGCCCUGAGAGGCUUGCCCAAUAUCCUCCCAGCGCCGCUCUAUGAGGCCGCUACGCGACGCGGACCUACCGCCCCCAGACAGUCGCCCACCGCAACUGGGCCUAUCUCCGCGAUUCCGCGGCAACUCAGUGGCUCAGCCCAGUAUCGUGCCGGCAGCCCCCUCGGCCGUCCGCCCAUCACCGCGCAGGCAACUGGUUCUCCCGCCAGCGACUGGCUGGUCACUCCCGAUGACAAGCAGCGCUUCGAUAUCCUCUAUAAUGACUUGGACAAGAGCCACAAAGGCUUCAUCACUGGCGAGGAGGCCGUUCCCUUCCUCAGUCAAUCGAACCUCCCAGAGGACGCUUUGGCCCAGAUUUGGGACCUCGCAGACAUCAACUCCGAGGGCCGGUUGAACAGAGACACCUUCGCCGUUGCCAUGUACUUGAUCCGGCAGCAGCGAACGAGACGGGAUGGCACCGUCUCCCUCCCGGCAUCACUUCCACCCAACCUCAUUCCGCCUAGCCUGCGAACGCAAGCCCGUCCUCAGACCUCGGGAUCUCCCUUUGAUGCUCCUCCCCCAACCCAGCCCCAGGCUCCCGCUCCCGCUCCCGCUCCGACCCCGACCCCGGCCGCUCCGAAGUCUGCUCUUGAUGACUUGUUUGGCCUUGACACACCACCAGCUCCCGCUCCUGCACAGGUUGCCCUGUCCACUGGCGGCUCGAAUGCGAACGAUCCGUUCGGCUCGGGCUCGGCUAUUCUGGCACCUUCUUCCCCCAUCCGACCGUCGCCCACCGGAAAUCAGUUCAAGCCAUUUGUGCCCUCGUCUUCUUUCGGACGGGGACUUGCGGUUCACAACACAGGAGACUCCAACUCUGGCCGGGCCCCUGCUUCCCCAGCAUCUGAAGAUCUGUUGGGAGAUGGGGACCCCGAGGUCAGCAAGAAACUGACAAACGAGACCGCUGAGCUUGCGAACCUGUCCAACCAGGUCGGCUCUCUGUCCAAGCAAAUGCAGGAGGUUCAGGGACAGCGCACCACAACGCAGAACGAACUCAAUCAAGCCAACUCGCAGAAGAAGAACUUUGAGCACCGCUUGGCCCAACUCCGUACCAUGUAUGAGAAGGAAGCUAAAGACGUUGAAUCUUUGCAGGUGCAGCUCAAUACCUCGAGAAACGAGACAAAGAAGCUACAAGGCGAAUGCAUGACAUUAGACGGCACCCACAGGGACCUACAGACGCAGCACCAGCAAGUCUAUGCCGCACUGCAGGCUGAUCAGCAAGAGAACGCCAGUUUGAAGGAGAAGAUCCGAGAUCUCAAUGCAGAAAUCGCCCAGCUCAAGCCGCAGAUCGAGAAACUCAAGUCUGAGGCGCGACAGCAAAAGGGACUCGUUGCCAUCAACAAGAAGCAGUUGACAACGAACGAGGGUGAGCGUGACAAGCUUCAAACUGAGAUCGCUGAUCUUCAUAAGAGCAACGAGGAGUUGUCUCGCCAGGUGAACACGAGCUCUCCUGUCGCGUCGUCUGCUCAAGUAGCCAGCCCAACACCUUCGACAGCCAGUGGAAACAAUCCCUUCUUUAAGAGGACGGGAAGUACUGAUAUCAUGGGAAAUUUCACUUCGCCGCCACCUGCCAAGCCUUCGAGCGGCGACAAGUCUUUUGACGAUGUCUUCGGGCCAGCAUUCCCUCCUGUCGGUUCUACUAGCACCCCGCCGCCCGCUACCUCAUUCAACCCGCAACACACAGGUGCGUCGACCGCUAGCUUGGGCUCGUUUUCGACACCUCCUGUUUCCACACCUCCCACCAUCAGCAGGCAAGCUACCCUUGCAGCAGAGCCUCCUGCUCCUCCGCAGUCUAGACAGAUCAGUUCGAGCUUUCUGCCGUUUGCCGACGCAAACGAGUCUCUGAGCUCUUCUCGUGCUGUCUCGCCGCCUGCUUCUCGAGCCGGGGCCGAUGUUGAGACUCCUCAGGCAAGCUCACUGCCUGGAGCGUUCCCCCUCGAGCCUACGGCCACGGGUCAGAGCACGGCAUCUACCUCAACUGCGAGCAUCCAUGAGCCCGCGGCUAAAGGUGAUGCGAAGCCUUCGAGCAAUGGAGCUGCUGCUGCUGCUGCUGCGGCUGCGGCGGAUUCUGACCCAUUUGCAGCAAUGGGCCCGAACGACGCCAAGGCUGAUUUCGAUGAUGCGUUUGCAAGCUUUACCAGCGCGCACAAUAACUCUGACAAGUCUGGUGCUGACUCAAACAAACCCUUCUCAGCUUUCGAUUCUGAAUUCCCACCCAUCUCCGAGCUUGAUCGCGACGACGAUGACGAUGAUUCGGACACUGCGAGCGAGGGUGGCGGCUUUGAUGAUGACUUUGCCCCGGCGUCUCCUCAAGCAAAGAAGACUGAACCUCCCACAGAGCCCAAGGAUGCCACUUCUCCGACUGCAGCUGUAGCUGCGGCUGCUCCUCCUGUCACUGAGGAUCCGGUCCCUUCUACGCCUGUCCCUGAAGCGACUGCUGCAGCGGCUUCUAUCCCUGAGGCAUCGGAGGCUGCCAUUGUCCCUGCAGCUGCGGCUGCACAACGUCCGGAGCCCAAGGCUCAGUCUUCCUUUGACGAUCUUGACGAUGAGUUCGAGGGUCUGGAAGAUGCCAAAGAGGGUUCUGCCGAUGAUGACUUCCAGACGAUAUCUAGAUCUGGGCUGGAUGACUUCAACCCCGUCUUCGACAGCAGCCCGCCGCCUAGCCAAGCCAAGACAGAGUCCACUGCGUUUGGACACGAGAGCAGCUACGACUUUGGAUCGGUGUCACCAAACACCGCCGCUGGUGGCAACGCUGGUGCGGCAUCAAAAAGCCCAGCAGCAGCUCCGGAUGCUCAGGACUGGGAUGCCAUCUUUGCCAGUCUCGAUUCACCCAGUGACGCCAAUGCGAACCCCACAAAAAGUGCUCCUGCUCCCCCUGCAGAAGCGACUCGACCAACCCCCGGUAGAGCUCUCACACACACAGGCGAGCAUGACGAUCCAAUCUUGAAGAAUCUUACCAGUAUGGGUUAUUCAAGAGAGGAUUCCAUUCUCGCCUUGGAAAAGUAUGACUACAACUUGGAAAGGGCUGCCAACUAUCUUGCUAGCCAGUCGUAA